AGGAUUCUGGCGCCGUGUACCCUUUGCACUCGGUGGAGGGCCAGAUGCGGCUGGCCGGGGACCUCUCCUUCCACCUCCGGGACUACGAGGCUGCUUUGGGCUACUACCGCAAUGUGGUCAGCGACUUCAAGCAGGACAAGAGUUGGAAGCACGCCGCCGGCGCCUAUGAGAUGUGGGGACUGUGCACCUACAUCACCAACGGGGCGCGGAGCGAGUGGAACCGGUGCAUGGAGAGCGCCUAUGAGCACUACCUGCAAGCCUCCUCCAGUCGCUUGGCCAUGCGCGCGUUGGUGCUGCACCAGGCCAUGGUCUGCGAUCUGCGAGACGCCGCUCUGCGGCUGAUGAAGGUGAACGGCGACUUGCCGGACAACAACCUCCGCAACGCGCUGAUCCUGGAGCAGGCCGGGCAGCUCUAUCACGCCAGCGGCUCACCGAGGAAGGGUGCCUUUCACCUGGUGCUGGCAGGGCACACCUACAACAAGCUGGGCUUCAAAAGGCUGGCGCUCUUCACCUACCAGGCUGUUGUGGAUCUCUACCUGGGCAAGGGCUGGUUUCACAUCACCGACCACUUUCUCUUUACCAUGGCGCGCCAGACCUUCAGUCUUGGCCUGAAAGACGAGUCCUUGACGCACUUCCUGCAGCUGCUCAACUCCUUUUCGGAUGCGGACAAGAAGGUGGGCAUCCAGGCGGAGAGGGAGAACACCUACAUCAAGGAGUUCCUUUUCGUCAUCAAGGACUGGGUGAAGAAGUGCUGCUCGGAGGGGGAGGUGAAGAGCAUCGACUUGCAGAUCCCCUGCCUCCAUCCAGAAGUGCGGGUCGUGCUGGUGGACGAUGUGCCCAGGGAGGCCGCAGAAGUGGUCGAGGCCCCGAUGCCCUGGGAUACGCUGGGAGAGAAGGUGCUGCCUGGUAUCGGUCUCGAGGACAAGCAGGAGCUGCAAUGGCGGCAGAGGUCGGAUGUGCGCAUUUUCGACUCCCUGCGGCGGGUCACUACCGUGGGUGCGGAGGUUGUGGUGGAGCUGACCUUGACGAACCCCAUGCGGGUGCAGUGGGAGAUGAGGGCUGUGAGCCUCACAGGAGAACUGGAGACGUCUGAGGACGGUGACGCUUCUUGCGUGGACUUCGCCCCGCAGGACGUGACUUUGGGCCCCCUGGAGCAAGCCAAGCUGCGCCUCACCGCGGUGCCGCGGCGGGAGGGCUUGCUGCAGCUGCGCUCGGUGAAGUGGAACCUCUUUGACUGCGAUCAGGUGGUGUGCGAGCGGCCCCUGCAGCUGAAGGGCCGGCGCUUGCGGGCCACGCUGGAGCAGCGGGCCUCCCGCAGCGGCGUCUACAGCACGGACUUGCGGCUCCAGGUGAAGGUGCGUGCCCGGAAGCCUCGCCUUGCUGCGCGCCUGGAAGGCUGGCCCGACAAGGGCAACGGACACCCACAGCUGCUACAAGGCCAGCUGCACAGAUGCAGCCUUGUCCUCAACGCGGAUGCGGACUGCCCGUUGUCCUUUGUGCAGGUGGCAACGUCCCACCCCAACUUCGUAGCCUUCGAGCCGGAGCACAACAGCGACGUGGUGCUUCGACCGGAGGGCCUCCGCCUAUCGAAGCUCUCCGGGGAGCUGCGGAUCCCAGUGCUGGUCUCCGUGGACCUCUGCGGCCUGCACCAGCUGCGGCUGCUGGUGCUGGCAGAGGCCCAGGGCGGCGGGCCCGACGGGCCCAAGAGCGAGCGUCAGUGGAUCACACUGGAGGAGAGCCUCCUGGUGGAGCCAGCUUUGUCCAUGACUGCCCGGCCCAGUCCCUCCUACAGCGCUGAAGGCCGCAUCGUGUUCACCUGUCUGGUGGAGAACCGCGGCUCUCAGGACCUCGAGGUGGAUGGCAUGCAGUGCUUCUCCAAGGGCCUGCUGGAUCUCAGGAGUUGUGGACCAGGCCGUCAGCAGGUGUUGCAGCCGGGCCAAAGUGCCCAGCUGCUGUACUCGCUGCACCCCCAGGAGCCGGCGGCGGAGUGCAGCUCGGCCAGGUCGCGGAUGCUCCUGGCGAGCCGCCCGGCGGCGGCGCCGCCGAGCCGGCGGCGCGACGCCUCCCGUCGGGACGCCCCUUCGGUGGAUUUGGUGGCGCAGUGGCACUGCAGUGGGGUGGUCGGCGAGGCCUGCGCGCUGCAGGUGCCGCUGGAGCGCCCAGAGGCUCCCCCCUGCCCGCUGGACUUGCACCUGCUCGCGCCGGAGGUGGCGGAGGCGCCCGACACCAUGGUGCCGGUGACGGUCCGGAUCCGCAACGCGUCCUUGGCGGGGGCGGUGUCCUUCUACUUUGUGGCUGAAUCCACGGCGGACAUCGCCUGGGUCGGCUGCGAGCGGUCGGAGGUCAUCCGCCUGCCGCCCAAUACCAGCCACACGGCCACCGUACACGCGUACUUCACGCAACCGGGUGUGUACAACCUCAACCGCUUCCGCUUGUACGUGGUGGGCAUGCCCUCGGUCCCUUUGGACUCGUAGGCCCUCGGGCUCCGUGCCCGCCUCGGAGCAGGCGCCGCUGGCCUUUGCUGUGCCUUUUGAGCGGCUGCUACACGUCAGGUCCAGCAGCGAAGCGAUGC